AUGCAACAUCAAGAGAAAGUAGAAAGUCAUGUUGACAGCCAAAAAUACGAGGAUGUUGGUAGUGUAGAUCAACCUGCUCCCUUGCAAGAUACCAUCUUGAAUGAUCCUGCUCGCGAAAAAGAAGUUGAAAAGAAGCUUGUGCGUUUGCUGGAUUACCGUCUCUUGAUCUGGGCUUUCUGGGGCUACUUUGCCAACGGUUUAGACAGAAACAACAUGCCAAAUGCUCAAACUACUGGUCUUAGUGAGGACUUGCAUCUUGUUAGUAACCAGUACAAUUGGGCCAUCACCAUGUUCUUUAUCGGUUACAUUGUCUUGCAAAUUCCUGCCAAUUAUGUCAUUACCAAAGUGCGUCCUAGUAUCAUGUUGCCUAUGGUUGUGUUCACUUGGGGUGCUGUCGUUUGCUUCAUGGCUUUGGUCAAGGACUUUAGAGGUCUUUAUGGUCUCCGUAUCUGUCUAGGUUUAGCCGAAGCUGGUUUCUAUCCUGGUAUUGUCUUUUUGCUCGGUUCCUGGUACACUGGCGAAGAAUUAGGUACUCGUACUGCUGUCUUUGUCGCUGGUUCUCAAGUCUCUGGUGCUUUCAGUGGUCUCAUUUCUGGUGCUAUUGCUAGCGGUUUGGAUGGUGCUCACGGCAUGCGUGGUUGGAAGUGGCUUUUUAUCAUUGAAGGUCUGAUUGCUGUUGUCAUUGGCAUUGCUGGUUUCUUUGUGCUCCCUGAUUUCCCUCACAACACUCGCUUUGUUAAGGGUGAAAUGCGUCAAGUUGCCAUGCUUCGUCUCGAGCGCCAAGGUCGCAGCGGUUUGGUCUCUGGAUUGAACAUGCAAACUUUCCGUAAUUUGUUCGCAACUCCCUUCAUCUACUUGUUCCUUGGCAUGUUCAUUUGUAUGCAAAUGGGUAUGGGUAUUCUCCAAAAUUUGCCCAUCAUUCUCAAGACUUCUGGCUACAGUGCUUCAUUUGCCAACUACAUGAUGGUUCCUAUCUGGUGUUGGGUUGGUGUUGUCAUUAUUAUCCAAGGCAAGCUUUCUGACAAGUGGGGCCCUCGUGCUUAUCACAUCAUUGGUGGUUCCUUGUUCACUUUACUUUGGUACAUCAUUCUGGUAGCUGUUAAUGGCGGUCAUGUACCUUUUGCUCUCUUGCUAGUAUGUGCCUACAUGGUUCCCCCUAUCUUUGGUGUCUCUCCUAUCAUGAUGACCUGGCUUAACGAGACGUAUUCGUGCGAUCGAGAAACUCGUGCGUUAGCUAUUGCCAUCGUCAACGCUCUUGGUAAUUUGGUUCCUAACUUUGUCAAUGUCGAAGCCUGGAAAAUUACUGAAGCACCUGCUUAUCGCACCGGUAAAAUUACAACAAUGGGAAUGACAAUUGCUUUGGUUCUCAUGUGUAUGGUUGCCCACUUCUUGCAAGUGAAGAAGAUUAUGCUUCCUAAACCCUCUCAGCAAAUUGCUGACGAAGAGAUGGAUGCCAAAAAGACACACACACCUCCUCCUCGCGAAGAUGAAUUCUAA